UGUACGCGUCAUUUUCGAGCGCCGAAUUUUCAUCAUAACGAAGUAAACCUUGAUCAAUAGCUAGCUAACGGGCUAUUUAUCUGCUUUAAUGAUUAUCUAUUAAAGUAGAUUGCAGUGGUUUGGUGUUGCGGAGUUUAUGUUGAAACUAAUAACGGGGUGUCACCUUGCAACACAAGGUGUUAGUUGUAGAGAUUUAGCUUCAGUCUGUGGCGAUGCCAGCAAGCUCCCCUGGUACCCACAGUAUGGGGUAGUGUUAGUAUGAUCUGCUCUGAGCUGAUCACACACGCAUUUUAGUGAUGGACACUGAAAAGGAUCUUGAGUCCCUCGGGGAGAAAUUGUAUGAUCUGAUUUAUCCCAAACACUCGGACAUGACUCCAAAAUUAACAGGCAUGCUGCUGGAGUUGCCAGGAAGUGUGAUUGAUCAGAUGCUGCAGGAUGAGGCUCUCCUAACUAAAGCACUGGACAGAGCACUAGCAGCCCUGCAGCCUGACAACAGUAAACUGGCAUCAGAAACUGACGAUGCGGACUCUGUGUCCUUGGACUCUCUGGGAGAACAGCUGUAUGACCUCAUCGACCUCUACAACACGGGGCACACUCAGAAAAUAACAGGCAUGCUAUUGGAACAGAAAAGGGAGUCGGUGCGUCACCUGCUGUCGGACCCCGCCCUGCUGGAGGAGAGGGUCAAAAUGGCCCUGGAAACUUUACAGGACAGUAGGCGAGGCCAGGAGGAAACAGACAUGAGUGACAGCUUUGACAAAGAGGAUUUGGAGGCAAUGGGAGAGAGGCUGUUUGUCCUCGUACAAGACAUGGAGCCGACUAAUUGUGCUGACAUCACAGGGAUGCUGUUAGAAAUGGACUCCAGAACUCUACAGCAGAUUCUGUGUGAUCGGACCAUGCUGGAGGUCGCAGUGCAUCGAGCAAAGAAUGCGCUGGACGGCGCACACGCGUUGAGUCAAACGCAACCGGAGACCCAGUAAAGGUUAUACAACUGCUCAGUGACUUGCGUCUCUCAUCCAAACACAGCGGAGAACUGUGGACCGAAGAUCGCAAGGGAAGACUUGAAAGGGCGGCACUGCCACGGAUAGUACCGCUUCAGAAGGGACUGUGUCACUGUCUUUCUGGUCCUUUCUGUCUAAAAGCAUGAACAUUAAUGCUAAUAUACGUCUCCAGUUCAGACACGUAUUUAAUGUAGAUCCAUCAUAUUUAGGUCAUACUAGACCUUGCAAGGGAUCUGUUCUAAGCCAUCACUGUUUUAAGACAGAUUUUUAGGAGACAUGCUAUUAAGAUUAGAAAUCUAGUUACAUUCCGUUAAAUAAGUAGAUCGCUUAGGACUAUACGGAUAUUUGUUUAUAAUAAAGUACAGUAGUGUGCUGUUAUUAUAAACCAUGUAGUUGGGCAAUAACGUAGGAUUUAGGAUGAGUAAUUAACGGAUCGUUCUGCUGUAACACUCAUGGUAUUAAAGCUCAAAGAAAAAAUACAAUCCACACACAAUCCAAAGUGUUAAAGAGCUCAAAAAUAUCUUUAUUUUCAUCACUUGGUUUUUUUGGGGGGGGUAAUUUUUACAGUCAAUUCUAAACACAAUGGAGAAGUCCAGGCUUCCUUCAGGAGAGAGUGUUCCUUUGGAACACCUCACUGCCCCACACAAAAUAAAAUAUUAAAAAAAUAACAACCGUUGCCAGCGUAACAAGACGUGGCUGCUCAUGGUAAGUGAAAUCGAGGGAGAGGAAAAAUAAACCCAUUAGCAAUCAGAAAUGUAUAUUUUGAUUACAGAGGAAACAGAUGAUCAAUGUUCUUGGAAAAAACUGAUAAAUGACAAGUAAGCAGAAACGUGUGAGUGAUUCAUGGAUUUUUAAUAUAAAUCAUGAAUGUAAUAAAAUGCAACUAAUUGUGAAAAUUGCAGGUUGAAUCAGGUAAAGGAGAGUGAGGGUGGGGUACAUUUCUCUGACUACAGCUCAUAAAUAUUUAUUCUGAUAUACAGACUGUGGGGGUGUGGUGAUUUUAAAAAGGACUUGUUCCAUCAGGAAGCUGCAAUAAAUAGCGAGAACAUUUCAAUGAGCAUAACCUCAUGUCGCGUUCCCACGACAACAACAGGCCAGAUGCUCACACUGGGUUCCUCCCACCACCCCUCACCCCCCCCACACUAGUUCAUACAAACCAACAGGGCUGAAAUGCAGUUACUAUUAGGCAGAGAGGUCUAGCAAAGCGAAUCUAAACAUUAUUGCACUUAAAUGUCACAAGGUUCCAAAUCAGAGAAAAGCAUUCGAGAGAGAGAGAGAGAGAGAGAGAGACAGAGAGAGAGAGAGAGAGAGAGACUAUAUACUCU